AUGCCUCUAAUUCCCAAGAUCUACGGAUCAAUAUCCUCUACAUGUACCCAGCGGGUGCUCAUAGUUCUGGAGGAGCUAGGAAUUGACUAUGAACUGAUUUCGAUCAACAUGCGUGCUGGUGUGCAUAAGAGCCCCUCGUAUCUAUCCGAGCACAAUCCUUUCGGCGUCAUCCCAGCAUACCAAGACACGGAUACUAAGAUAUUCGAAUCACGCGCUAUCUGUCAAUAUCUCACGGUCAAACACGGCGGACAUCUAACCCCGCCAUCUGACCCUGUGCAAGUUGCCGGGUUCUACCAGGCAGCAAGUGUCGAGUACUCGUACUUUGAUCCACCGUUCAAGCAGUUGGCCUAUGAGAGCCUAUUCAAGAGGUUUGUUGAGUCUGAGUUCACCUGGCAUAAUCGGCCUAAUUCAGAGUGGGUAGUAUAA